UGAUUUUGGCUAUUGAUUUUUGUAAUUGCAUGUUGCAGACAUGUUUGACGCGAAAGAACUGAUGUCAUUUAUGUAUAUCACAUUUUCAUCUGAGGUCGAAUUUUCAGUCACGUGGGUCAAAUUUUAUUAGAAAUCUAGAUGGUAAUGUUGAAUGUGGCAUAACGAGUGUAUUGUUCACGUAAGCUUGCCAGUGAUAGACAUACCAGACAGCCUUGGUACUGAUACAAUUUUAUCUGUGAAGAAUACUUCAUGUAUUAGCAAACAAUGCGGUGUUGCAACUUGACGAUCUCUCUCUAUAUCGUGUUGUUUGUAGGCAGGAGCUUCCGCAAUAAGUCUUUCGAAGGCAUCGGGAAAGGUUAUCGCACUAAAGCUUUCAUACAGUAGCCUGUGUCUGAUGUGUGUCAUUUGCAUAACAAUGAGAGUAGCAUGGAAAAUCGCAUACUCCCGCCUGCCGCCACCACUCUCCCAUACGCAAACAUUCAUGGGUGAAUUUGCGGCAUGCUCUGAGUCAUUUAAGGUCAUGAAACAUCUCACAAACGAUCACUUAUACUAGGCUUGGUAUAAUUAUGUUAUUUUAUGAUUUUAUCGCAUGAUUUCGACAAAAUCGGGUUUGUGUCACGAAAUAGCGAUUUGGCAAUCUCGAAAUACCAAGUAGGCCUAAACUACCUCGUAAUCACGACAUAAUGAUCUGUUAAUGUCGAAAUCCUGUUUACGUACUCGUUAUCACGAAAUAAGGAAUGUUGGAUUUCUGAUGAAAAACAGUUCAACUUUUAGGUUCUGUCUGCUCGCGCCGUGUUGUGCAAAUUCACCAAUCUUCUUAUCCAGUGUGCAACAAUGUAACGAAUCUUCGCUGAAAUACUAUUUUAAACUGUAACAUCAACCUCUUCAUUACCCACACCAUGCAUCGCACCCAGAAAAAUAAAAACAUCUCUUUUUUAGGGCUCAUUUUUUUCUUUAGGGCUCCGAUAGCGCCAGCAGCACGCAUUUAUGCCGGGAAAGCACUUAAUUUCGCAAAGCGUGACGUCUUAAAACCCCAACACAACCGUUGACUGAUGUGACUUCAACUUGUGGGCGGAGAAAUGUAUUGCUAUGGCAACUUCAAACACUAAGUUAGAACAGUCUGAAAGCUGGCAUCCAGCUAGCUAAGCAUCUGUCAGUUUCAAAUCCACAAUAUUUUUUGCACUGUCCAUAUCUCUAAAACGUGUGACACAUCAGCAAAAAUGAAGAAGCCAACUGUUAAAGUAACUCCGUCCUCCAGAGCAACAAAUGUGUCCACGUCAGGAAUACUCCGCGUUAACCACAGCUCGACUAACGCAAAGAGUGUGGCUGCUUCAGUUACCCGGAAAAGUUUCAGUUUAGCAGGAGACAGCAAACUUCUUGAUAAAAGCUCACACCAAACAGCGAAGCGUGUUGUUCAGGUUUUUGAUGACAGUGGCAAAGCUGUCACACCUCAACCUCUCUACCACCCAGACCCUGGCGCUGUGUCCAAGCAGAGCAAAAUCUUCAUAGGCCAUGAUGCCUCUGGUGCCACUGCCUCAGAUUUCUUCUCUGCCACAUACCAGACGACCAAUGCAAGCUCUGCUGGGCCUUUUACCAAGUCAGUGUUUGGAAGCAGCACAAUGUCUAGAUCAAGCCAGUCCACCAUGGGAUCAAUGAGUGAUGAAAUAGAGGAUCCUUCCUCCAAGCGUUAUAUUUCUAAUAGCCUUUCCGACAUACAGGUCAGGAGGGAGGAGGUGAAAGAGCAAAUUAGAGAAGACAUGUUGGAUGAGGUAGUGGAUAGAUAUUUAAGUGAAACGGAUACUAUCUGGUUACUGGACUUGCCUGGUGUCUCUGUAUCUGUGGAGUCGGAGGAGGCUGCAGUUGUGAAAGAGAAAAACAAGGAAUACACAGAGCUGUGUAAAAACAGGAUGGGGAAUGACAAAUAUGUGGAAAGGAUGAUGCAGACUUUCAAUGGAGCCCCAAAAACUAAACAGGUCCAGAGUGAGACCAUCACCAUGGUGGAUACUGGCGUGACAGUGACUACCUGGGACAUGUAUGACACUUUUUCCACCAUUGGGGUGGGCGAGACCACAAAGUCCGCAGAGAAAGAGAAGCCAAGCUGCCUUGAGGCUGUCUCGGAGCACAGGCACGACGCAGCCAGGAGCUCAGAGAAAACCACGUCCGUCAUCAGCAGCAUAAGCACAGGAAGUAGUUCCAGUUCACAUAUAGAGGCAGAGGAUUUCAUUGAGACAAAGGAUGAAGUGGACCCUCAGCUGAUUCUGCAGUCUGAGAAGUUUCAGCAUAGUUUGUUUGUAAUGGAAAGGAUUCUCCUGGAGAACAUUUUGCAACCCAAGCUGGCAGCCUAUAGGCAGCUCCCCAUCCUGGAAGAUCCAUAUUGUGCAAAAGACAGUGAGGAUGCGGGUAAAGGCGUGGAGAAGGAGGAAGGCACGCUCACACCUGCUCUGGAGCGCCUGUGGUCCUACAGCUGUGUGCAAACCGCUGGGCUCAGCGUCACUAGCAUGGCCUGGAACAAGCGCAACCCGGAUCUUUUGGCUGUGGGUUAUGGGACCUUUGAUUUUAAAGAAGAUAAACCUGGGCGAGUCUGCUGCUGGUCUCUGAAAAAUCCCAUGUGGCCGGAGCGAGUGAUCCAGUGCGGUAGCAGUGUGACCGCGCUGGACUUCUCCGCAAACAACAGCAGCCAGCUGGCGGUCGGGAUGAAAGCCGGGAUCGUGGCCACAUACAGCGUGCAGAGUAACGAAAAGACGCACGUCGUCGACAGCAGUGACUGCAGCCACAAACACAAGGCUGCGGUGUGGCAGGUGAAGUGGAUUAACAUGGAGAGGGCUGUGAUGGGGGAGGACAAAGGCGAGGCCCUCAUCUCAGUGUCCGCAGACGGAAGGCUCUGCAAAUGGUUCAUGAGGAAAGGCCUGGAAUGCAUCGACAUGAUGAAGCUGAAAAGAACAGACAAGUCCAAAAAGGCAGAGGAGAAGGAGGGCAAGGGCGAGGUGCUCAUCUCGCGACAGGCGCCCGGGCUGUGCUUCGAUUUCCACGCAGAGGACACAAUCAUCUACCUGGUCGGCACAGAGGAAGGUUAUAUUCACAAGUGCUCAUGUUCAUACAAUGAACAGUAUUUGGAGACAUACAGGGGGCAUGAGGGGCCUCUGUACAGAAUCACGUGGUCUCCUUUUUGCCCGGACAUCUUCCUCAGCUGCGCGGCUGACUGGACGGUCCAGCUGUGGAGGCAGGACUUAAUGAAGCCCAUCCUCAGCUUCACUUCCGGCCAGAGGGCCGUGUUCGACGUCAUGUGGUCCCCGAAGUGGGCCACCGUCUUCGGCACGGUCAACGAGGACAGAGUGGAGAUCUGGAACCUGGGCUCCUGCAUCCUGGAUCCCACCAUCGUGAGCUUGGCUAGCCCAGGGGUAAAGUUUACCUCACUCCUGUUUGCCACUGACACAGACUGUAUACUGGUUGGGGACAGUGAAGGCCAGGUCAGUGUCUAUCAGCUGAAGAACCUGGACGUUGGAGCAGGGCCCCAGGUGGACACAUUAGAAGAAAUCAUUCGGUCAACCCUCUCAAGUCGGCACUAAGGAGACCUACAGCUAGUAAAAGGCACCAUGGUUUAGGAAAAUGCUGUUUGUGUGCCAUAUAUUUUUACUAAAAUGUUGACACAAUUACCAUGUCCAUUUUGUCAUCAUCAUCAGUAGUAAUAUCUGUUGAAUCAGAAAAGGGCCAGACUGAAAGUAUCCAGUCAAGAAGGACAAUGCGAUUACUGGAACAUGCAUCUGCACUGACCCUGUCUUUUAACCUUUCGUGCUCAACAAAAGAAAUAAAUUGCAAAGUAGAACAAGAAAAA